UCAUAACUAGAACAAGGGUUAGCAAGUCUUCACUAAACUUAAUUACAACACUAACUCAAUGAGCUUCCCUGUGGCUGCGACAUCGUUCCGAGUGCCCCAAAGUGGUGGUCAAGGAGGAGUGCCCCAAAGUGGUAGCCAAGCAGAAGUGUCCCAAAGUGGUAGCCAAUCAGGAGGGUCUCAAAGUGGCAGUAGCCAAGAAGGAGAGAAGAAAGCUCCUUACGUUCAAUAUGAAGUUGAGCCAGGCUUCACCAUUCGCAUGCGUCACAAUAUUGAUCCUGCCAUGGACCCCAAGAAGCUCAAACGGGUCAUCGCGAACCGUGUUUCGGCUCAGAAGUCAAGGUGGAAGAAGCUUCUUUAUGUUGAGGCUCUAGUGAAGAAAUCCAUGGAGCUCGAAAGAGAGACGAGUGUGUUGCGUGCCCAACUAGAGAUAGCUAUUCAGGAGAAGCGACGUCUACAAAUUGAACAAAGGCAGCUCAAGGAGACUCUCGCUGCUCGGUUUCAAGAUUGUAUCGACGAGAAAGGUAUCAUUGAGUUCUAUAAAGUGGAGAUUGAGAGGCUGAAGAAGAAGAACAUGGCUCCACCCACCAAUCCUACUUAGUUGAUUUGAAAAACACCUCUCCUAGUUCUUCGAUGUGAUAUUGAAAAACUCAGUUGUUGUUUUUUUCGUCUCCUUUGUUAUCGUAAUUUCCAUAUUUUUCAGACUCUUGUUAUUGAAUGCAUAUCAUGUAUGUGUGCAUUUGUUUUGCUUGGUAUCAAUUUCAGCUUGAAUUAUCUA